AUGUCGAAGUCAUUGAAUCCUAUCACCAGUAUUAACAGUACAUAUAGUCGGAAACAAGUGGAAGAUCAUGAAGUUGAUUUAGCUGCUCUUGAAUCAAGAGUUGUUUCUAUCGGGGAGGUGGGUGCUUCAUUAACCAGUGAUCAGAAAUAUUUCAUUUUACAAAGAUUAAAUUACGACAAUUUAAUUAAUUUGGAAGACUUGCCAGCCACUGCAACAUUCAUGAUUGAAAAAAUUGAACAUUUGGAAAUUUCCGAAGCGGUAGAAAUCCUACAAGAAGUCAUUGAAGAAUUUGAUGAUGAUUUCAAUUUUCCAGAGGGGGAUUUGGAUUUAAUCAAGAGACUAUUAGCAUUAGCUCCUUUGAAUGAGGGCAGGGAUGUCAAAUCCAAGCUAGAAGUACAAUUAAAUUCAAAAAAGCUUGAUGAAAAGACACUGCCUAGUUUAGAGGAAAACUAUCAAGAAGAAAGUAAUAAUUUGGGCGAGAAAGAAUUCGAAUCUCAAGAAAUUGUAGACUGGAAUUUACAAGUUAGAUUAGAGGCUGCUCUUAAUGCUUAUUAUUCCCCAUAUCCUGAAGUUAGAGCAGUUACUGAACCAUUCGAUGAUCCCAAAAUCCCAUGUGAAACUUUGAGAGCAUAUGUGAUUGGAAUAGUCUGGUUGGGCAUAGGUGCAUUCAUUAAUCAAUACUUCUCUCAAAGACAGCCUAGUAUAUCCUUGAGUGCCAAUGUUGCCCAAGUUUUCCUUUACCCAAGUGGUUUAUUAUGGUACUAUGUUUUUCCCGAUGUUACAGUUCCACUUGGUAAAUUUUCGUUUAGAUUGAACCCUGGACCUUGGACUUACAAGGAACAAAUGUUUGCAACCAUUAUUUAUACCAUUGCAAAUGGUAACCAAUACAUUGCUUAUAAUAUAUAUACACAAAAAGUCAAACUAUUCUAUGGAAAUACUUGGGUUACUUGGGGUUAUCAAGUCUUAUUGUCUCUUUCUACAAAUUUCAUGGGUUUUGGAUUCGCAGGUAUCUUAAGGAGAUUUGCAUGUUACCCUGUGAAAGCAAUUUGGCCAACUGUCCUACCAACACUUGCUUUGAAUAGAGCAUUACUUAGUCCUGAUAGAAAGGAAAACAUUAAUGGAUGGACAAUUUCAAGAUAUAACUAUUUCUUCACUCUUUUUGGUGCAUCUUUCCUUUAUUUUUGGAUCCCUGAUUACUUGUUUCAAGCAUUAUCAACAUUCAAUUGGAUGACUUGGAUUAAACCUGACAAUUUCAAUCUUGCAAUGAUUACUGGAAGUGUCCUGGGUCUUGGUUUCAACCCAGUUCCAACUUUUGAUUUUAAUAUCUUGUUGUUCAACUCUCCUUUGGUUUAUCCUUGGUACACACAGGCAUACACAAUAGCUGGAAUGUUGAUUGCAUUCCCGAUUAUCUGUGCUAUUUAUUGGACAAAUAGUAAAUGGGCUGGUUACCUCCCGAUCAAUUCUAAUGGAUUAUGGGAUAACACUGGAAAACCGUAUUCUGUGAGAAAAGUUUUGGAUGAGAAAGGUUUAUUUGACCAAAAAAAAUACGAUCUUUAUGGUCCUCCUUUUUACACUGCUGCUAAUUUGGUUGUGUAUGGUACAUUCUUUGCAAUGUAUCCAUUUACUGUAUUUUAUGAAUCGAUAAUUAGAUGGAGAGUAAUUAAAAAUAUUUUCACUCAGGUAUAUGAAACUAUAAAGGACUAUAGAAAGCCAAUUCUAGAGACCAUGAAUGAUCCACAUUGCAGAAUGAUGUCACGUUAUAAAGAAGUCCCAGAGUGGUGCUUUAUUGUCGUCUUAGUGAUUUCAAUAGUUUUGGGUAUAUUAUGUGUUGAGUUGUUUCCUACAAAUACUCCUGUUUGGGCAAUUUUCUUCGCAGUCGGUAUCAACUUUGUCUUCCUUAUUCCAUUGAAUUUGCUUGCAAGUUCCACCGGAUUUAUUUUUGGUUUAAAUGUUUUAGUUGAAUUAAUCAUUGGAUAUGCUCUCCCAGGUAACUCUCAAGCCCUAAUGAUUAUUAAAGCUUUUGGUUACAACAUUGAUGGACAAGCUCAAAACUAUGUUAUUGAUCAAAAAAUGGCUCAUUAUGCGAAGAUCCCACCUCGUGCUCUUUUCCGUGGACAAAUACUUGCAGUAUUUGUUGGUAGUUUCAUCGGUUUGGCAGUUAUGAAUUGGCAAAUUAGCAGCAUGGCAGAUAUUUGUCAACCCCACAAUAAGCAGAAAUUCACUUGUCCAAGUCCAAGGACCUAUUUCUCUGCAUCGGUGAUUUGGGGUACAAUUGGUCCUAAAAGAGUUUUUGGUGGAUUAUAUCCAGUUUUGCAAUAUUGUUUCUUAAUUGGUUUCUUAUUAGUUUUUCCAGCUGUCGCCUUUAAAUGGUAUGCUCCUAGACAAUGGUCUAGAAAUUUUCAACCAUCUAUUUUUAUGGGUGGAUUUUUAAACUACGCACCAUAUAACUUGUCAUAUUACACAGGUGGUGCAUACUUAUCCUUUACGUUUAUGUAUUACAUCAAAAAGAAGUACUUGACAUGGUGGGAAAGGUAUAACUUUCUUCUGUACGCAGGAAUAGAAGCUGGUAUUGCCUUUAGUAGUAUUAUUAUCUUUUUUGCAGUACAAUAUCAUGACAAAUCAAUUUCCUGGUGGGGUAAUAAUGUCAUGUACGCAGGAAUCGAUGGAGGCAACGCUCCACAAUCUCGACUUUUUGCUACUGAAGAUGCACCUGAUGGUUACUUUGGACCAAGAGUUGGUCAUUUUCCAUAA